CGCCCCGGAGGUGCCGGCCCGCCAUGGCCGGGCCGUGCCGGACGCGCACGCUGCAGGUGGUGGACACGGAGUUCAGCGCGGACGCCGUGGAGUGGUGCCCGGUGGAGGGCUGGCACAGCAUCCUGGCCUGCGGCACCUACCACCUGCGCCCGCCCGCAGAGAGCGAUUCCCGAGGCAGCUCUAAUGGGGCCUGUGACCGCACCGGGCGCCUCUACCUGUACCACUACAACGAGGAGCAGCCCUACAUCCCACUGACCGAAAUCCAGCGCAUCGACACGGCCGCUGUCCUGGACAUCAAAUGGUGCCACGUUCCCGUUGCAGAACAUCCCAUGGUUGGCAUUGCAAACUCCACAGGCGCCGUGGAGUUUUGCCACCUGACUGGAAGUGAGAAGAACAGCUGCAUGUUGGAGCCACGCUUCAGGGUGGAUCUCGGCGCACAGCGACUGGCCUUGUCCUUGGACUGGUCCACGGGACGGGAGCAGUGUGGAUGUCCUUUGAGAGUGAUCAGCAGUGAUUCAGAGGGGAAGCUGAACCUUUUCUCCAUAGAUGAAUCUUCUCCUUCUGUGCAUGUCCUGAGCCAGUGGGAAGCUCACAAAUUUGAGGCCUGGAUUGCUGCUUUUAAUUACUGGGACACCGAUAUCGUGUAUUCAGGAGGGGAUGACAGCCUGCUGAAGGGCUGGGACACCAGGUGCAGUCCAGAGGCUCCAGUGUUCACCAGCAGGAGACAUUCCAUGGGUGUGUGCAGCAUUCAGUGCAGUCCCCACCGGGAGAACCUCCUGGCCACGGGCAGCUACGACGAGCACGUGCUGCUGUGGGACAGCAGGAACAUGAAGCAGCCCCUGGCUGACACCCACGUGGAAGGAGGGGUGUGGAGGCUGAAGUGGCACCCCACACGUGAUUUCGUGCUGCUGGCAGCCUGCAUGCAGAGUGGAUUCAAGAUCCUGGACUGCCGUGGGAGCCUGGCGGAGAACACAGAGGAAUGUGUCAUCCUGUCAUCCUAUGUCCUGCACAAUUCCCUGGCCUACGGGGCUGACUGGUCCAGGCUGUGUCCCAGGGACUCCUUGCCUGCAGCACAGGACCCUGCUGCCAUGUGCCAGCCUUCGGAGGAGCUCCCGGGAGCAGAGGAAGGAGACGAGAGGCUGAAUUUGCAGGUCCAAAACCUGAAGAUAAUUUAUGAGUCUCCUACAGCUACUUUUGAUGUGAUCCUGGAUGAGGAGAGCGAAGGCCCGGCCGUGCCAUUCGGAGUGGGGGCAGCUCCCAGGCUGGGUGGGGAACCUGGCCUGGGCAGGGGCUCUGCCUUAAAGGGAAGUUUAGACCUGGCUGGAGGCCCAGAUCCCGGCUCAGCCAGUGGCCCUGAGUCUGGAGCCAGGAGCCCCAAUGGAACAGGCCUGGACAGCAGUGGGGGCUCGGCCAGGUCCCCAGACAGCCCCAAGGAGACGAGCAUCGUGGCCACUUGCUCCUUCUACGACAACAUCCUCCAUGUCUGGAGGUGGGAGAUGAGCCUGGGGACCACUCCUGACGUGCCAAGUCCUGGAUCUCCAUCCAGAAGAACAGCUGAAAGUUUGCACUGACCAGUCCCAAGGGAGAGGGGCAGGAAAACUGAACUGAGAGUGAUAGCUGAACUUAUCACCCUGCCUAACUCCUGUUGGGCCUUCCCAGUUUUAUUGCUGAGCUUGGGAGUCCUUCAAGGCCCACACUGAUGGAAUUCCCGGUGUUUUAUUUUCAGCACAGGGGAAACCCUUUGCUUGGAGGCCUGUGGUCAAGCACAGACAGCUUUAUUUAGUUUUUCCCUUAAUGUCCUGGUUCCAGGUGGGACAGCCCUCCUCUCACAGGCUUUGUACCUCAGAUUUGGAUCCUUUCAAAGCUGGUUUGCAUUUCACAUUGAUCUGUUAAGCCUGUUCUCCUCCUCCCAUCACAAACCAGACUGUGCUGCUAUGAGUAGACCCAGCAUGUGAUCAGAACGUUCCCGGAAUGUCUUGGAAAAGCCCCUGAGCAGAGGCUGAUGUGUAAACCAGUCCCUUGAGAAGAGCUCAGGCAGGCCAGGCACAGUGCAGUGUGCUUGGAGAGAUUUUUAAUAGCCAUUCUGGUUCAGGAGGAGGUGCAGAUGGAAGUGUUGUGGUGAGCAGGGCCUUUCUUGUGAGGAUCCUGCUGCACCUCCAUCACUUCCCAUCGCUCCUCCCCUGCUGGCAGUUUCCCUCAUCCCUCCCUGGUUUAGAUAAACCCUGUAGUGACCCUGCCCUCAUUUAGUGCCACUCAACUGCCCCCACAGCCUCUUGUAUGCAGCUCAUGUUUUCUGCUCUCCACAUUUAGGUCCAAAGUCAAGAUCUUUCAGUUUUUUAAAGGUGAACAGCUUUAAGAUCAAAACCUCCACAAAGUCUAAGUGGUGUUUCCUGACAUCUUUUUAAGUUCAAAAUACGUACAGAAACCAAAACCUGAACAGCAUUGCCCAAACUACCUCCAGGAAUGGCUGCAGGAUUUCUCAUGGUUGCUCCAUUAGCUUUCUUUUUUCACUGUGAAGUAUCAGCAAAACACCCUUUCUGGAGCAUUUUAUCUAUCCCUAGAAACAAAAAACCAGCUUAAACUAGGUAAGUAAGUCUUAGCUUGGGUGGUUUGUCUUUGAAUGUCCUAAAGGAUGAGCUGUCUGGGGGAAAAGAAACACCAGCAACAGAUCUCUGUGUAACAGUGCUACAUCCAAAUGAGAUCCAGAUGAGAACUUGACUGCUCUGAGACCCCCUGCUCAGGGGUGAGUGGGUAUUUUAGAAAAACACUGAGCACUGUUACAUGAAGAUUCAUAUUAGUACUGCAAACAAGAGCUUUUCUUAAAAAAAAAAAACAAACCAAAACAUGCUAUUUUUGGAUGUUUCUAAAAUAAAGCCAAUAUAAGUGA